CUCAGCCCCUCGUCUGCCCAGCGUGUUAUUGUAGUGAUGAUAUCCCCUCUGUCAUUAUUGAUCUGCUGCGACAUGACUUUCACGUUUAGCGGAAUCUACGUGGUUCACGGGGGAGAGGAGCAGUAACAUGAAAUGGAUUUCACCCGGGUCAGACCGUCCUUGUACGGAGAAAUCGCUCACGGCCUUGGAUUCUGGACGGACCGGUCAGCUGUACAUGAGGCCGCCGCUCAGGGCAGGGCGCUGCAGCUGCAGCAGCUGAUCGAGGGGGGUGCAGCAGUAAACAUCGUGGCCAUUGACUCUAUAACGCCGCUGCAUGAGGCAUGCAUACAGGGCCAGACCCAAUGUGUCCGACUGCUGCUGGGCGCUGGGGCACAGGUGGACGCCCGCAACAUUGACGGUAGCACUCCGCUGUGUGAUGCCUGUGCUGCUGGAAGCCUUGAAUGUGUCAAGCUAUUGUUGGAGUAUGGAGCAACAGUUAACCCUCAGCUGUUUACCUUCUCACCUCUUCACGAGGCGUGCAUGGGAGGUAAUUCAGAUUGUGUUCAGCUCAUGAUUGAUCAAGGAGCUUUCAUGGAGGCCCACGACUGCCACUACGGGACACCGCUUCAUGUAGCCUGUGCCAGGCAACACUACGACUGCGCCAAAGUUCUCCUCAGUGCAGGGGCAAACGUUAAUGCUGCUAAGAUACAUGAGACUGCCCUUCAUCAUGCAGCCAAAACAAAGAACGUUGACUUAGUUGAGCUACUUGUGGAAUUUGGGGGGAACGUGUAUGCCAGGGACAACCUGAACAAAAAACCCAUCCACUACACCAGUCUGGGAUCUCCCUGUUACCGCUGCAUUGAGUUCUAUGAGAAUACUCCUCUCAGUCUCCAGCAGAUCAGCAGAGUGACGGUGAGGAGGACUCUCGGCACAAGAGCACGUGAGGUGGUUUCCCAGCUGGGCCUGCCCAAUCGUAUCAUACGAUUUCUUUCUUACAAACCACCUCCAGUUAUUGAACUUGUAUCACUUUGAGAAACUUGGGAUGCAGCUCUGAGGAGGUUAAAUACAGACCUGUUACGUCUGCCAUGGAUCUCUCUCUAAAGGAAGUCAUGUGACAGGAUGUUGGCGCUGGCUGAAGAGCAGCACAGAUUAAAUAUCUGAACACUGCCAGACUUGUAGGUGCAUAGAGAAUUCAUUAGGCUGUUGAUCCAUGCUAACUAUCAGUAAUAAUGUUACAAUAGCAGAUGUGUUAAUGGUAAAAUCAAAGGGAAGAGCCAUGAUACACCAUCAGCUCAUCAAGAUAAAAUAUUAUGACAAAUCUGUAUGCAAACCACUGCCAACUAACACAACAGACUCAACAUUCACACGAUUAAAAACCCCGCCCCUUCAUAUGAUAGGAGUGCAAGGAACAGUAUCCACGAGCUGAAAGACAAACUUGUUUCUAAGUAUUUAUUCUCCACUUGCACAACUGCGGUUCCACAAACAUGCGGCUGUAAUGAGAAGGAAGUCGCCCUACCCCGAACGCUCGCUACCUCUCAACAUCACCCGACAGUCGCUGACUCGUCAAGCUGGAUUUUUAAACUUUGGAGGCGGGGCCAGUGGCGGAUACUCACCUCCUUUGAUUGGUCACUUUGAAUACUCCAGUGAUCGGCCUAUCUCCGAUAUACUCACGCCUCUCUUGGCGGCAGAAUCCUCAAUAAUAUGUCCGGGAAAUGUCGGAGUUUGAGAAAAAAGAGGUACAAUAAGCCAGCCACUUCUAUAAGGCCCUUAACACAAGUAAAUAUUGCAUAGACAAGAUGUCGAAUUUUUGUGUCGACAGCAACAGUAUACAUGAACCACGAAUUUACAGGUGCUGUAGAAAGGGCAGGGGGGAAGUUCAGCGAUAGGGUGGAGGCCUUGCGUCUUCGAAGGGACCAAUCCACAGAGAGGAGCAUCAGCCACUGUUCCCACCUCCACAGCGAAUUUCGAGACUAAAUAAACGCCUUAGCUGCACUCACAUUUCGAUGGAGUUGAGUUAUCUGUCCACCAAGUUAAUGUGAAGUCUCAUACUUUUCCACCUUUCACCUCUGGUCUAACAACUCCUCACCACUUAUUUACAUCAAGUAUCAUGCUUGCCAAGAAGUUGUAAACUGGCUGCUAAUGGUGGUUUCGAGAGGUAAGGAAGAUUUAACGGCUGAAAGAUCAUAACAACUUGCCGGUAAAGGCCAUGCACACUAACGUCAGCUCUUUGUACUAUAUACGCCGGAACAAACUACACCUUUAAUUAGAGCACUGUGUUAACCUCAGAUCAGGUCCAUCAUAGAUCAGCUCACCUACAAACUAAGCUGUGGAAAAAAUCAGCCACAAUGAAGGAGUACAUUUUGGGCAGCUUUUGAUCUAAGUAUUUAAUAUUGCCUAAUGGAGGUUGAAGCAAAGCAACAUGUACUUGUCUUGCUCAUCCUGAUCAAGUAAACUUGAAUGUAGGUCCACAAGGAUCCUGUAAAACUUUGUUCCACCUUGAGGGAACUUGAAGUGGUCUCACUAGGAUUGUAUUUAUUUGUAUAUAUUCAGGGAGUAUUUAUUUUUCAUAGCAAUUUGUAAAUAAUGUGGUUGUACCUUUAUUCAAUUUGUAUAAAUAAACAGACCAAAACUA